CUUAUCUGCAAACCCACACUUGAUAUCAGAGAAAUCUCACCACCCGGCUUCCAUGCAACGGCGUCAGCCGCUGGUGUUGAUACUUAUCCAUCAUUUCAACGUUGCUCUGAAGACCGACAUUGCCAAGCAUCUUAUCGCAAAUGCGGCUCCGAAAACUGCUUGGGGUAACGUCCAUGUCGUGGUAAGCUGAAGUCGGCGUGUGCGACGAACCGGACCGCCGGUAUUUGUUGUUCGAUACAUGAGAAGCGCCUUCGCCAUGCAGCUUCAUUGACAGCUUCUCCUCCAAUUGCUCUAACACCCUCAGGGAAACCGGCGCCAAGAUGACUUCCAUGGCGAAACUAAGGCAGUAUUUUCACUCCGAAUACCAGCCCGGUGAGCGAGCCUUGGUCCGGAAGAUUGAUUUUUUCAUCCUGACAUUCUGCUGUCUGAGUUACUUUACCAAUUACCUCGAUCGCUCCAACCUCGCCAAUGCCUACGUCUCCGGCAUGAAAGAGGACCUCGGGUUCGUGGGGGACCAGUAUAAUCAGAUCAAUACAUGUUUCACCGUCGGAUAUGUCAUCGGCCAGAUUCCCGCAAAUAUGUCGCUGCAAUACGUCAGGCCGCGGCUCUUCUUCCCGUCCAUGAUGUUGAUUUGGGCCGGGCUGACCAUGGUGACGGCUUCGGUGCAUGCGCCGGGGUCUAUUAUGGCGAUUCGCUUCUUUCAGGGUAUUGCUGAGGCUACCACGUUUGUUGGUACUCACUACAUUCUUGGAUCGUGGUAUACCGAGCGAGAGCUAGGAAAGCGGUCCGGGAUAUUCACCGCUAGUGGGCUUGCUGGUACUAUGAUUGGAGGUUUCAUUCAGACUGGUAUUUAUUCUAGCUUGCACAAUCGGCAAGGUCUUACUGGUUGGCGAUGGCUAUUUAUCAUCGAUGGUCUCAUCACCGUCCCAGUUGCCGUCUAUGGCUACGUUUUCUUCCCAGACACACCCAGGACCACGACAGCAUUCUAUCUCACCGAGGAGGAAAAAGCCCUCGCCGUCUCACGCGUGCCAACCGUCGAAGACAAGUCUCCUAUCUCGUGGGCCUUCUUCAAGAAAGUAUUCACCUCAUGGCUCUUCUGGGGCUUCGUCAUCCUAUGGAUCAUCGCCGGCGAAACCGAGUCCUUCAGCUCCAACGCCCUCUUGUCACUGUAUUUGAAGAGCCACCCCGUGAACGAGUACACUGUCUCGCAGCUUAAUAACUACCCGACGGGAGUCCCCGCUGUCGGCAUCAUAUCCACUUUGUUCUGGGCCACACUCACCGAUUUCCUCAGCGGAAAGCGUUUCCUCGUCGGGUACUUCAUCGGGAUCACCGGCAUCGCCACGUCGGCCAUGAUCCUCGUGGCAUCCAAGGAUCCGACGAACCCUGCUUCGACGGCCAUCGUGUUCGGUGCUUAUUACUGGGCCGGGUCGGUCUACGCUUGUCAGGCUACCUUCUUCGCGUGGGCGAACGAUGCGCUGCGGUACGAGGAGCACAUGUUCCGGGCUGUGGUGUUGGCGGGUAUGAAUGUAGGGUCGAAUGCGGUGAAUGCUUGGUGGUCUAUUCUUUUCUAUGGAGCAUCGAUGGCUCCGUGGUUUAAGCGUGGCAUGUGGGCGAUGAUUGCUUGCUCAAUCGCUUUGGCGGUCUGGACGGGCGGUCUGUCGUACCUGACGAGGAAAGAUGAACAGCGGCUGGAAGCAGAAGGUGCCAUAUCCAGUACGAGAUCGAGAGACGGCAAGGGUACUUCUGAAGAGGCGUAGUUGACUUCGUUCUUACAGGAUCUAAGUUCAUCACUGCUUCGAGCAUUGCCGUCGUCUCACGAAUGUGCUCAGAAGCUAGCCACUGCCAAAAUAGACCAUGCCUCCGUCGGAAAAAGCCAUCAAUUUCUUUUUUUUUUCAAUAUCGACAUAAUUGCAAGGCACGACUGGAGCAUCCGUAGAAACCUUGAAUUUAAUGUAUGGAUGCAACGUCGUUGCCGUAAUGGAUCGCUACGUAUUGGAAUCAUCAGUCAAUGCUCUCGACCCGAGCCAGAUGGCGGAUUAACAACCAUCUGAUAUGGUGGACUAUCUAUUCAACGACGUAUGUCGUCGUUGCGGAACAGCGCGCCGCUCCCAUUGGCGGACAAAAUCGAUUGUUACUACCACAUGAUGCUGUGCUCCAAACCUAUGGCAUGUUUUCCACUAUUACGGUAUUCCCGUCAGAACCCAAUGCAACAGCACGGAGGCCUCGAGAUGGAUUCAAUUAGAA